AUGCAAUAUUGUUAGAUUCACAAUCCUCAAUUCUAAUAAACUUAAUUUCAAUAAACUUCAUAAUAACAAUAAUAAUAAAUGUUACCUUAGCAUAUUAUUCUAAUAAAUAAAUAUAAAAACAAAAAAAAAGCUUACAAAGGUAUCAUCAUAAUAUUUGAUCGUAGAGUCUUUAAAUGAUUUAAGAAAUCAAAUGAAAGUAAUUUUAGAUAAAUAAUUACAUUAAGAGUAAGAAUUAACUCAAUUAAAAACCUUAUAUCAUUUAGAUAAAGAGUAAUGGUUAUAAGAAAAGAAGAUCUUGAAUUCAAUGUUACCAAAAAAAGAUUUUAAUUUAGAUGGAUUAUAAAAAGAAAAGAAAUCUUAUAAGGAAAAGAAAUAAAUACUUAAAAAUGAAUUAUAACAAUAUAAAUAGUAUUUCGAAAUUUAAGAAGGGAAAUUAUAGGAAAUUUUACUUGAAAACUCAAAAUUAAAAGCAAUAUUAAAUGGAAGAGAUUAAGAAUGUUUAGCUUUAUAAUAAGAAGUUGAAUACUAUUAAAAGAGAUUAAUUUAAUUGUAAAGAUAGUGA